GUGGUGGAAGGAGCUUGACGGGGAAUACUACGGGGUUGAUCCAAUCUGCCUCCAGAGCGACAUUGACAUCCUCACCGCAAAUGCUCGUAGUGCGUUCUGCGUCAACUCCCCAGCAUUCGGAGAGGUACUCUUCGUCGCCAUCGGUGCGGAGGACGUCGGUACAGUGAAACUCAAUGAUUCCUGUAAGACCGAGGGAGCGGAGAUCAAGAAAGGAGAAGAAGUGGGCAUCUUCGAAUUCGGCGGUAGUUCGAUUAUCGUUGCGUUCGAGAAGGGCAGGAUUGAGUUCGAUGAGGAUUUGAGGGAGGUAUCGAAUCAGUCGAUCAUGAUGGAUAUCGACGUCGGAAUGAGCUUGGGAAGGGCCACGACGCCGCAGUGA